AUGGCAGAAAACGCGUCCUUAUCACCAAACCCUGAAGAUGUAGCCGCCGCACAAGCGCGCCGUCGCAAAGAACGCCGCGAGGCAAAGAUCAAGGCCAGUGGCUCAACGAGACUGAACAAGAUUUCCGGUCUUGGCGGAGGAAUACAACGGGGUGAGCACUCAAAGUCACGGCACUUGGAUUUUGGAGAUGAGAGGCCUACUAUCACGCCACGGCCGACCAACACCUCAUCACCACAUGAUGCCACCGCUGCCGACGCACAUCUGCGGCAGUUGCUGCUUGCGCAGCAGCAACGAGGGCAACAGCCAACGAACCCCUUUCCCUUUGGUGAUGGUCCAGGUGGCGGCGGCGAUUCUUUCGGGGUUGGAGGAAUGGCCGGCCCGGACCUUGGUGGCAACGGCGGCGAAGGUGUUGAUGGUGAUCCGCUCACUGCUAUGCUAUCCCAGAUGAUGCUGUCUAUGGGCGGAGCCGCAAGCGGGCCAGGUGGACAAGGCGGACCGGGUUCUGGAUUCCCUGGUAUGCCUGGUAUGCCGGGCAUGGGACCCGGCUUUCCUGGAUUCCCUGCGUUUCCAGGAAUGGGGCCCCCAGGCCAGCAACAGCAGGCUCUGGCAAAGCCAAGCAAGUCGGCAGCACUGUGGCGUCUUGUCCACUUUGCCGUUGCUGUUGCCCUUGGUCUCUACGUCGCACUUGCUACACCAUUUACCGGUACGCGAAUUGAGCGCGAUGCUGCCUCUGCAGAACAUGCUGUAGGAUCUGUCGGAGUUGUUCACGGCCCUGCAGCCGACAAUUUUGCUCUCCAGAAGCGCUACUUCUUCUACGCAUUCGCCACCGCAGAGACAAUCCUUUUAACGAGUCGUCUUUUCUUAGAACGAGAUGCUAGUGGCGGCAGUGCGGGGAGUACCUUUGCCGGUGGCAUCGUUGCUAUGGCUAUGGGAUUUCUGCCACCUGCCAUCAAGCGUAAUGUGGAGAUUGCUAUGCGGUAUUGGCAGAUAUUUGGUACCGUGCGAUCUGAUCUGUUGGUGUGCGUGUUUGUCUUGGGUGUCUGCUCAUGGCUACGGUCGUAA